AUGGGGGCGAUGGCGGAGGUGGUGCAGGAGGGGUGCGUGGAGAAUCGGCAGCCCCUGGCGGCUUCGAGCUCGUCCGUGUCGGAUGGCAGCAGCUGUGGCGGUGGAGGGCGGGCGGGGACGUCGCCGCCGGUGUCAAGCUCUGGGAAUUCCAUCUCCGUUCUGAGGCGAACAAGUGGACCGAUAAGAAGAGCUAAGGGUGGCUGGACGCCGGAAGAGGAUGAAACACUGCGGAAGGCAGUUGAAGCUUUCAAGGGUAGAAAUUGGAAAAAAAUAGCUGAAUUCUUUCAGGACAGGACUGAGGUUCAAUGUUUGCAUCGUUGGCAGAAGGUUCUUAAUCCGGAGCUUAUCAAAGGCCCUUGGACUCAAGAGGAAGAUGAAAAAAUUAUUGACCUUGUGGGCAAGUAUGGACCAACAAAAUGGUCUAUCAUCGCAAAAUCAUUGCCUGGCCGCAUAGGCAAGCAAUGCCGAGAGAGGUGGCAUAAUCAUCUGAAUCCAGAAAUAAGGAAAGAUGCUUGGACUCCUGAGGAGGAAAGGGCACUUAUUAAUGCUCAUAAAGUGUUUGGGAAUAAAUGGGCAGAAAUAGCAAAAGCUCUUCCUGGAAGGACCGAUAAUUCCAUAAAGAAUCAUUGGAACAGUUCUUUGAGAAAGAAGUUAGAGGCUUAUAGUAACAGCAGUGUUCUUUCAGCUCCGAAGCUGUUUGUUCAUGAUGAUUUCAAGGAUAAAAUGAAGCCCGUGGGUACUGGUAGCCAUCUUGAUCUGAACCAAAUGCCAAGCAUUGGUUCAAAAGAUGUCCCUGGAAGAGCUUAUCGUUCCAUUUUGAGCUCACCUUCACAGGCAUACAAUUUGGACUCCUCAGGCUUCCUUUCCCUUUCUAUACCAACUACGCAGCCUCUAACUUCAUAUGAAAUGUCAUCACUAGUUGAUGGUUCUGCUAUUACUUUGGCGGUACAAGGUCUGGAAAGUGACUCUGUCCGUGAUAAGGGCCUAGAAAUUGACUCUGUUCAUGAGAAGGGUGUUGAGGUUAGCUCAACACCUGAUCCUGUUGGGGUUGAAUUAGAAUCUGCACCAGCCAAAAGAGGGGCAGAAUUAUCUUCAAAGAACGAGUUGCAUUCUACCCUUGGUCCUCUUUGUUAUCAGAUUCCAAACAUGGAAGAUGUGGCCCCAAUCCAUACCCCGCUCCGUUCUGAACGUAAUGGUUCACAUCAAACAACACAACAUUUCAUGUCACCCAAUGGUUAUACUUCUCCCUCUCCAACGAUUGGAAAAGUAUCAAGUCAGCUAACUGUUGAUUCAAUUUUGAGGAUUGCUGCUGACAGCUUUCCAGGUACUCCUUCAAUACUAAGGAAAAGAAAACGUGAUAAAGCAACACCUGCUUCAGGUAAUGAGAUCAAGACGGGUGGAGUAAGCAAUGAUAGCUUUUACACUCCUAAUGGAACUAAUGGGAAGGACACUACUUCUCCACGGUCGUUUAAAACUGCUGCAUCCUUUUUGUCGCUGGGUUCUGUUGAUGUGUUGUUGACUUCUGUAAGGAGCUUUGAUUCUUCACCACCCUAUCAGAAAAGUUCAAAAAGAAUGGCUACCAUCAAAUCAGUUGAGAAACAGCUAGAUUUUUCAGCAGAUGGACUGGAUACUUCUGGUUCUGAGAUGAUGAACUCUCCUUGCCAUAAUUCCCAAGGCGCAAAUUCUAACAGGACGUAG